UUUUAUCCGUCAUGAGUCAGGAAUAUCACCCUGGUGAAGGCUCGUCUUCCGGAGCUGGCUCGUCCAGAUUCUCAGGCGAAGAAGAAUUUCCCGAGAAGAAUCCUUUUUUCCGUCCCCCGCCGACUUAUAUGACUGUGGGCAAUGGUUCGACUUCGGAGAGCGCCACGGCCUUGAUGACUUCGCUAAACCAAGAUUCUGGCUAUGGAGGUAGCAUUGCCGAUACGGAAGAGGAUGCUAGCUCUGCUUGGCGUGCAGGAUUGAUGGAGGAUAGGCCGACUCCGGUGCAUACUCCAACGCGCCCUGGAGAAUGGAAUCCCACAGCUGAGCAUGAGAAGCAAGUGGUUGCCAGUCAUGUCUCUCAACUUCUCUACAACUCAAAUCGCACCAAGCUCGCUCGUGCGAUCUCUCGGACUAUCGACACACUGAAGGAGCUCCAGGACAUGAACCGUCAAUGGCCCGCCCACUAUCCCUCCGUGCAGAGCACGCCCUCUUCCCCCAUGGAAAGACCACCACUGCAUCAAACUCAAUCCGAAUUUGGAGGCAAUGACAGCCGACCCGGCACACCGCCCCGCCCAGAUCUGAAGCGCGCAGCCACCUUGACGAGUGUCGACGAAUUGGCAGAAUCCAGUGCCUCGGCGCAACGCCGCGUCGUGACAGAGCCUAGAUUGAUGACCCCGCAGAUUGCGCAAGAGUUCUCUAUUCUUAAAUUGGAUCUAAAGCUCGGCGCUCUUUCUCAGGCAGAGCUAGUGCAUUCGUUGGAGAAGGCAUCGGUUGCCGCCUUGUUGGAUGGAAAGAUCAGCCAAAGCAUGAAGCAUCUCCUCUCGCUGCGAGACAGAAUUGAGGAUAUCUCAAGUAAGGUCCUGAUUACUGGUGACUUGAAUGCAGGCAAAUCGACAUUCUGCAAUGCUCUUCUGCGCCGAAAGGUGUUGCCAGAGGACCAGCAGCCUUGCACGAGCAUCUUCUGUGAGGUCCUCGAUGCUCGCGAAAACUGCAGCGUUGAAGAAGUCCACGCCGUUCACAAAGAUACGCCAUACAACCGCAAUGACGAAAGCACAUAUGAUGUCUAUUCUCUCACCGAACUCGAAGACAUCGUCAUCGAAAACACGAAGUACAUGCAGUGCAAGGUCUACGUAAAGGAUGUACGGUCUAUUGACGAAUCACUGCUGAACAACGGCGUUGUUGACAUCGCUUUGAUCGAUGCACCCGGCUUAAACUCGGACUCGUUGAAAACCACGGCUGUCUUUGCUCGGCAGGAAGAGAUCGACGUGGUUGUGUUUGUGGUCUCCGCCGCAAAUCACUUCACAUUGUCUGCAAAAGAGUUCAUCUUGAAUGCUGCGCAUGAGAAGGCGUAUAUUUUCAUGGUAGUCAACGGAUUUGAUCAGAUUCGCGACAAGCAGCGCUGCGAACGCAUGAUCUUGGAUCAGAUCGGCAAACUCAGCCCUCGCACAUACAAGGAGGCUGCUGAACUGGUUCAUUUCGUUUCAAGCAAUGCUAUACCUGUUGCACCUGCUGUCUCGCAAUCUGGCUCCGGUGGUGACGGCGGUGGCUCUGAUCCUCAUGAUGAUGACGAUGAUAAGGACUCCAAGGAUAAGGGCAAAGGCAAAGAACGGGAGAAAAUCCAAGACUUCGAGAACCUUGAAGGAGCCUUGAGACGUUUUGUCCUUGAAAAGCGCUCCCGCUCCAAGCUUGCGCCUGCCAGAACUUAUCUUCUGAAUCUAUUGGCUGACCUUAGCUCCCUUGCUACAGUCAACCGUGAUGUUGCGCAAUCAGAGCUUAAGCGAGUGACCGAUGAAUUAGCCGAGCUUGUUCCGGCAUUCGAGAACGGCAAGAAGAAGAAGGGGGAGCUUGCAGAGGGUGUCAACAAGGCUAUCGAUGAGUCAUGCGACGACGUCUACGAUCAUACUCGUUCGACAUUGACCAACACAAUCACACGUGUUUCCGAUGCAGACCUCGGUGUUGAAUAUCCUGGUCUCUUUUCGGCGUUCCAGUACGCCGAGGAACUGAAGCUGGCAAUGCUGGAUCAGAUUGCUUCGUCUGUCAACGACUGCGAGAACUACGCCCGGGAGAAGACAGUUCAAGGAGUCGGUUUCAUCCAAAAUAUCGGUCUUCUGCACAUUGGUGAAGACAAAUUCACUCCACUCAACUUCCGCGCGGAUGCGAUGUUCCGUCGUGGCCGUCGCCACACAUUUGGCCGACAAGUCGACACUGAGGUUGAGCUGUGGGAUUUCUUCGAUAUUGCUAGUCUCUGGGAGCGCCAAGAGAAGAUGGCCGGCACAGGCGUUGCAAUGACUGCGGUCACUGUACUUGGAGGUAGAGCAUUGGGCGGAUUCAGUUGGGUGGAUAGCGCCUUAAGUGCUGUCAAAGUCAUUGGCCCUAACAACAUGCGCCGGCUGUUCUUCCCUGGUAUCCUUGCUGCUGCUGUUCUGACCACAGCUUAUGUGCUCAGCUCCAUCCCGACCACCCUUCCCCCACGACUAUCGCGGAAGAUCGCCGCCACUCUUGCUGAGAUGGACUAUGUCCACUCAAAUGCCAAUCGGAUCUCGACUGAAGUUCGCCGCAUGCUGCGCAUGCCUGCCGCCAAUCUUCAAACCUGUAUCUCUCAGGAUAUUGAGGACCUUGGCAGACGCAAGCAAGAGGUCACCAAAAUCCAGCAAGAGAGCGAUGUUGCCACCAAGUAUUUCUCUAACCUGUUCCGGGACAGCAGCGAGAACCGCCGCUCUAUCGAGAAUCUGGAUCUUGAUGCUCCCUUGCCUGGCGGAAUGGCUGCGGCAAUGCAAGCAUAA